GAGGCCUCUCUGGGGGAGGAGGGAUUGGAGCUGAUCUGGGAUGGAAGGGCAGGAUUUGGAGAGGACAGCAGAGGCCCCGAACUGCAACCUGGGCAGAGCAGAGGGCCUGGCUGCCUCUUACAAUGGCCUCCACCCUGGCAUGGUCAGUUCCAGCUCUGCUGAACAAGCAGGUGGGUAGGGAGGGGCUUCUCCGGCUCUUCUGGGCCAGCCUGUCUCCACAGGCAUAUGUUCAAAACCACCUCGGCCUCCGAAGGGCUUUGGGUCCACAUCUGGAUUCGAAUCCCAGCUCUGCUCCUUACGCAAGUGCAAGCCCCUCCCUUUCCAAGAGGCUUCAUUUCUCCGUCCAUAAAAUGGGAAGAACGCCUCACUUCCACCCUCCCAGCUGUGUGGGGAUCAAACGGGGCCACACUAGACAGCUUGCGGCCAGGAGCCUGUGCCCAGAAGUCACUCCAGAAAUCAGGACUAGAAUGAGAGUCGUCCGGAAUUCUUUUAUCUCUGACUGAAAUCCCUAGAGCAGCCCCAGGGGUCCCCUCUGACACAGAGGUGGAGCAGACAGUUGCCAGGAACAUAACCCUCUAGACCAGCUUUCUCCUCUUGGGGCCCCUACAUGCUCUGAGAGUCAGGGGGAGUGCAGGCAGGGGAUCCAGGUCCCGGUGGGGGUUGGCAGGGGACAGCUGCACAUUCUACUCCCCCUGCCAGGGUUCAGCCUUCCUUAGACAUAGGCUGGGAAGGUUGUCUGCCUUGAGGGAAGGAGCUCCUGACAUCACACAGCCGUGGUGCUUCCACCUACCCUGUCCCCAAGGAGCCUACAGUCUGAUGGGAGAGGCACAGCCGUGGCGGAGAACCAGAGUCUGAGGGGGGAGGCACAGUCCUUACAGAGCUCCCAGUCUGAUGCGGGGAAGCGAAACACACAAGAAACCCCAAACCUGCAAGGUUCUGGGGCAGGCACCGAGGUCUGAGUGUCAAGGGGGCAGAACCCAGGCCUGUGUUUGGGAAAAGUGGUGCGGAGGCCCCUGGGGCUGCUGUGAUCGGCCUGGAAUGCCAGGCUGUGAGCUCAGCCUCUUGGCCUGCCUGCGUCGGGCUGUCAGCAGGCCGGCGCACGGGAGAAGGUUUCCAGCCCCCUCUGGGCCAUGGAGAGGCCUAAAUUUAGCUAGUAGACAAGGGGCUGGCCCCGAGCCCAGGGACAGUCGGCCUUAUAAAGCGGCCACCAUCGGGGCCCAGCAUGCUCCCCCGGAGGCCUGUGCCCACACCCUCUCCUGUCCAGUCCCUGCCCGCCUGGACAGGGCCCGGCGCCGCCCGUGGAUGAGCCACAGGACUUCUUCCACCUUCCGAGCGGAGAGAAGUUUUCAUUCCUCCUCCUCUUCCACCUCCUCCUCGGCCUCCCGUGCCCUCCCGGCCCAGGACCCACCCAUGGAGAAGGCCCUGAGCAUGUUUUCCGAUGACUUUGGCAGCUUCAUGCGUCCCCACUCGGAGCCCCUGGCCUUUCCAGCCUGCCCUGGGGGACCAGGCAACAUCAAGACCCUCGGAGACGCCUAUGAGUUUGCAGUUGACGUGAGGGACUUCUCACCUGAAGACAUCAUCGUCACCACCUCCAACAACCACAUCGAGGUGCGGGCUGAGAAGCUGGCAGCUGACGGCACGGUCAUGAACACCUUCGCUCACAAGUGCCAGCUGCCUGAGGAUGUGGACCCCACGUCGGUGACCUCGGCUCUCCGGGAGGACGGAAGCCUCACCAUCCGGGCACGGCGCCACCCACAUACAGAGCAUGUCCAGCAGACCUUCCGGACGGAGAUCAAAAUCUGAGGGCCUCUCCUUUCCCUUGCCCUGCCCCUGCCCCCACCCCCACGUCUGCCAGCAAAGCCUUCCUAACCCCAUUUCAACAGCUCUAGACCAUCUCAGCCCAGGUUCCAGCCCCUGUGCUCCCCAGGCCCCAGGUGGACCAUCCUCCCAUGCUAGGGCCCUCCACUCUAUCCAGAGCAGGCCAGGGGGGUCCCCGGCCUGAUGCAUGGUGCCCAGAUAUCAGAUAUGGCUUCCCUCACUUAAUCCAGAGUAGAGGGGCUGGGGUAGGGGAAGGAAUAUCUAAAGAACCUGCUGUGGGUCAGGGGAAUGGGACCAGCAGGACAUCUGGGCAAGCUCUGCGGGACAGACAGACAGACAGACAGACAAACACUCUGAUCUAUUAAGUCUCUGCAGGGCAAGGGGAGCAGGAGACACAGAGGGAAGGUCAUAGGCAGGGGUGUCUAUCUAAGUGGAACUAACUGCCCGAGGGCUCAGCAAGGCCAAAAGGAGACAGCGUGACGGUAAACUUCCCUCUGCCAGCCUCCAACCCUCAUGCCAAUGAGCAGGCUGCCUGCCCGCCCUGUGCCCCCAGCCAGCUGGCUGUGCCAGAGCAGAGCCACGCCACAUCUGUAUAUAGAUGGGUUUUUUCCAAUACAUCUGAUUCGUGAUAAACUGCAUGAAACUCCUGCCGUCCCAUGCCUGCUGGGGCCUUCAGCAAGGCCAGGUAGGGUUGGGGGUGGGGCUGGUCCUUCUCCCUCCCACCCACAGGCCUAUGUUCCUGGGCUGUUCCCAUGCAGACAGGAUCACCCAACAGACGUGGAAGCCAGGGCAUGGAUGGGGCUUUGGGUCCUAAAGCUUCUUGCCACCUUCCCCUCUAGGCAGUCGCCUCCUCAUCCGUACCCCUCUUUAAUCUAUGAAUUUAUAGGCUUGGUGUGUGUAACACACACACCCUUAUUGUUGUCCUUCAAAUACUCAGCAUUACCACUGGUUGAAGCCAAAUUCAGAGCUUUCUCAUAUCACAUUUACAAUCUCCAUUUUCAAUGGGGAAACCAUCUGUGAGCCAUUGAGCGCCCGGCUUUGCUGCCGAAGGUUAGAUCUAUACCCAGGGUGUCAACAGCUACUCUCAACCCCCCAUCUCUGGGCAAUGAGGAGUACUUCCCCCCAUUCUACCUCUCUAAGGCUAUGCAUCUUCCAGCUGGGGGACAGGGGGAGUCAUAGGAAAAGCCCCAGUCUCCCAUCUGGGAUAGCGACCUUCCAUCAGCCUUAACCCUGGGGAAUGCCUGCUGCCCCCGGUGACUCUUGGCUUUGGCUCCCACAUACAGAAGCAGGGUGGAGGGAAAGGGUGGUCCUCAGUUAGUGGGUCCCCAGGGCAAGUGGCAGGCCGGCCUCCUCCCUCCGUGCCUCAGGUCAGUGUGCCGUGGAGUGGCCUCUCACUCCUGCCACUCUGGGCCCCUUGGGGGAGGACUGGGGAGGGGUGUGGGAAAGCCCUGUGGCUGGAACCUGUAUGCACAAUAAAGGACAGUCUCACAG